GUCAGUCAACACGUAUAGUACGGCAAGUAAGGUUCGAUCACAAAAAAAAUUUGUAGCUGAUUUUAAGCAAAAUAAGAUUCUUGACUACUCCGAAGCGAGAAUGAGCUUUAAAAGUUCUCAUAAACUAAAGCCAAAUUGGCUUUCCCGUUCUAAGAAAUACAAACUGUCGGACCCAUCAAUGAUUAUACGCGAUAUCAGACAAGAGAGAGCUCUGCAACAAAAGUUUUUAAGCGACACUCGUUCAAUGACAGAUUUGAUGCAGCAGUUACUUAAUGGCAACAUACUCCACGGCGACGUUAUUAGUUCGCAUUUUUUGGAAUUUCCGAAAUCUAGAUGUGUGCAUUUUGAGUUCUGUCCCGAAAUAGAGAGGAGAAGAACUACAAAAAUCUAUAAUAUGCGACGUUCUGUGCAGAGAGCAUUAGAAUAUAUUGUACAAAAUUCAAUUGUAAGACCGAAAAUUGAAGACGAUGUCGAGGAAUCGCAGAUGGAAAUAAAUAAUGGAUGUGGUGCAGUAGUUAUUGACACGAUUGCUGCUGCUUUUGAAAAUUCGAAAGAUGUUAAUUUGACUGACAAGCGUGACUAAAUCAAAAACGAUUCGAAAAAUGAAAAGCAAAAUUUCUGUUGUUAAUCUAUGCAUGCUAAAAUAAAAAAAAAAAUGCCCCUUGC